AUGGACAAGCUAUACAUCCAUCGUAAAUUUUUAAACCGACGAGAAGAAGUAAAUCUUUUAGGAGCGAUGCAUUCACUAAUAUUUUUGAUGGCGAUUGUUGGAUGCGCCAUAGCAGCGGUACAUAUAAUGAAAGUGAAAAGAUUUACACCACCAAUGGUGAAAAUGAUACGAAGUGGAAUUUGGGAUCAAUUUGUGGAGAGACUUAAGGAGAAACGACUGCAACGUAUGCUCAAUAAUGCUGCCGAUAUUCAUAUACACGAUGUAAGGGGUCUAAGAGAGUUGCUCUUUAAAUUGCAAACAAUGAUAAACGGAUAUUAUGAUAUUGAAUACGUCGCUGAAAUCACCAUUGGCACCCCUCAACAGACAUUUCUGGUAGUUUUGGACACAGGAUCCGCCAAUCUUUGGGUUCCUGAUAAUUCCUGCUAUCAUGCACCAGCGAAACCUCCUCAAUGCAAUAGCCCACUAUGUGAUUAUGGAGUUUCGACAAAAUCAAGAAGUUCGCCUGAAGAGAACAUUGAUAAGCUUUUCCCAAAUCUUAUUACUCUAUCCGUAAAUAUUGACUUAAUGGAAGCGUCAUAUUCAUGUCUUUUAUGCGAAAUUCCAAUUGUUACCUAG